CCAUAUCCGACUGACAAGGGCGAUGAGUAUACGGUACGCAGACGUCGACGUAGUCGCAGUCAGCAGCAAAAACAAAAGCAACAACAACAACAACAACAACAGCAGCAGCAACAUAAUCAACAACAACAACAACAACAGCGACAGCACAAACAGCAUCAACAAAUGGAGCAAGAGAAACGUAAGUCAAACUACAAGAUGAAACAACAACAACAACAAAUGCAACAAACACAUAGCACAAGACACCAGACGGCAGCCAAGUGCUGUCAUGUCAUUGACAUAGAUGGCGCCAGCACAACAACAACAGCAACAACAACAACCACAGCAACAACAACAAACAACUGCACAAGCAAAAAACAUCACAACAGCCACAACCAUAGCAAAUGCAAAACUAAUCACAGGCCUCGCCGCGACUAUGAACCAGAGCUUGAAGAAAAUGAGGCGGAGUUUGAGUACGAUAAUGAUGAGGACAAUGAUGAUGAUGAUGAUGAUGAUAAUGAUGAUGAUGAUGAUGAUGAUGGUGGUGAUGAUGAUGACGAUGAAUAUUAUGAUGAUGACGAUGCGGACUUGGAUAACUUUGAGAAUGGCGAACAGCUGCUGCUGGGUCUGCCUCAGCGCAGUCAAUCCAUUUGCCGACACUGCCUGCGGCCACAAAUGGAGCUGCAUUCACGCCAAAUGCCAGCGUUGCGCCUGCGCAAGUCACACUCGAAAACACGUCAGCGCAAACGAAGCAAGAGCAGGCAACGGCAUCAUCCCCACCAGCAUCCACAUCUGGAUGCCAACAGCAAGCCGCGUUGGCCGCAACUGAGCGUUGCCAACGAGCAGGCCAUACGCUUUCGCUGUCCGCAGGUGGGCCCUCAGGUGGGUCGCGACCUGCAUACACCACAGCCCAUGCACUUCCAUCAUCCGCAGCAGCUCUGCCAGGCUAGUCAGACGCCAAGUGGCCAGCCAGCGGCGGCACCGCCCAAACCAGCCAAGAGUAAAAACAAACAUAAGCAGCGAAACAAUCGCAAGCCGGUACAAGGAGGAGCAGCUGCAUCAUCAUCGGCAGCAACUGCAACUGCAGCUGCAGCAACGUCAACAACAGUUGCUGCCGCAGCAUCCGAAACAGCAACGCCCGAGUCGCUGCCACCGCCGUUGCCGCCCGAUGGCGGCCAUUCGGCAACGCAAACCCUGGAAAGCAAUGGGAUUGCUGAUCAUGGGAACACGGAGCUACCCAAUACGCCAGAUUCACCAUCUCUGGUGACGGUUAGCACAUGGUAUACGGUGGCCAAGCAGGGUGUCUCCUGCUAAUAGGCAUUUACACAUUUGUAGUCGUCAACUCCAGCUAACGCUCGCCGUCAGUGAGUACCUAUAAAAUCAGCCUGAGUAUAUUCCCAGACUUUAUGAAACUUGGGUUUCGUAAUUGCAUGAACGUUCAAACAAUAACAACAAACCCAAAAAAAAAAACUUUCUUUUUUAUGCUGAAUUUCGCCAAUGCAUUUCGUCGCGGCCCCUAAAGGUAUGUUAUACGAAAUAUGGUGAAAUUGAGUAGAACGAGAUUUUGGCAUAGAGCUAAUAUUAAACAAAAUAGAAGAGAACAACUCAAGUGUUUAAAUUUAUAAGAUACACAUUCAAUGUACUGUAAUUAUAGACAUGUGUGGUUAUACUCGAGUACAUAUAUUGUAUGAUGUUUUUUUUUUUUCCCCUACCUAGGCGUAUGGACAGCAAAAACUAUAAUAAUAAUAAUAAUAAUUAAAAAUUCACACAUAGAUCCGAUUCAGGAUCUGAGAAAACUCAAAUGUAUGUGUAUGUUAAAUUGAUGUUGAAAAAUAAUGUAAAAUGUGUUAUAGUGUUAAAAACUAAAUAUAAACUCAAAUGUAUAACAGAAUAUAGCUACAAUCUAACUAAUUUUAAUCAACCAAAAAAAAUAAUAUAAAAGUCUUAGAACAAAAGAAUAAAAUUUAAAAUCUUAUUAAAAUGUUGUGUUCAUUUUUGCUUUUCAUUUCUUUUAAAAAUCCCCAAAUCGGCGACAAGUUUAAUACAAAAAAAGAUGGAAAACAAAAAAUAGUUAAAAACCAAAAUUGACGUUAGCUGUGAUGAAAAUUAAAACUACUUUAAACUGUAAAACAAAAGUAUAAAAAAAAAUAAAUAAAUAAAGGAAAACAAGACCAUGCUACUAGCAACUAGAAAA